AGUGAGGUUGAAACUGUCCAAGAGAAAGCUGAUGGAACAUCUAGCAAGCCAACUGUACCAUCUGCCCCCAAAGAGCCCAGCACUCCUGUGCAGAACAAAGUCGAUCAGGUCAGCAUGGAGUCAGAGUCUCUGCAUUCGGACCCAGAUGCUGGUGAAGUAGAGAGUAACAAUGCAACGUGGCCCAGUGAAACUGGGCAAGAGAAAGCUGAUGGAACAUCUAGCAAGCCAACUGUACCAUCUGCCCCCAAAGAGAGCCUUUUGGAGGAUCUGGGGUUGGAUCACCACGUUGAAGAAAAGUUAUCCCUAAUCACACUUCUUAGGAUUGACAAGAAGACCAUUACUGAUGAACCUGCUAAGUGUAAUUCAGAUCUUCCAUGAUAUUUUCUGAAGAAACUAAUGAUGGUCAAUGUGACAGCUAGGAAUGUGAAAUGUACACCUGCACAUGAGUCCAACUGUGAGGAUCACACAGAUGACCUUGAUGAUUUAGAUGAAAGUACACAUUCAGGUGACACACUGAAUCCCCUUGAUAUUAUCACAGCUCUCUUCCUGUGCUCUGAUGGUUUUGUACAGCAGGAAAUGGCCCUCAAAAUGUCUAUGUGUCAGUUUUCCGUGCCUCUGUUGCUUCCCAACUGUGACACAAAGCAGUGCACACUCAUGCUUUGGGCCAUGAGAGACAUUGUUAAAAAGUACAGACCUCAGUCACUUUCAGAAUCCAAGGGAUUUAUUGAAGAGAGAAUUGUUGUCUCUGAACUUCCAAUGAUAUCUUUUGUGAGACUGGGUGAGUGCUCCUUGUCCAAGUCAAAGAUCCUCAAUGAGCUUCUGAGCAAUUCUCAGCAGUGCCAUAACACCUUUGUUCACCACAACAUGAAGGGUGGUGACAGUCCAAGGAGAAUAUCCAAUGGAUUGGUUGAAAUGACUUGGUACCUCCCUUGUGGGAACAAAAACAUGGAUGUCUUCAGCGAGCCAGUUGCUGUAGCUAACCUUCGUGGGGACAUUGCUUCAUUUGAAACACAAUUUGCUUUCUUGUGUCAGACAUCUGCAGCAGUUUUUGUGUUCUUUGAUGCUUUGGACUCUGAGUGUGAGCUGCUAACCAACCAAAACCACAAGGCCCAGAUCUUCUUGGUGGGUAACCGUCAAAGCAAAGAUUUCAAAUUAGAUGCUGUAAAAAAGGUAGCAACCAAAUUGAGCUUAAAAAAGAGCAACAUCCUUUUGAAAGAAAAGCACAUAAAUGAUGCAAACUUUGUCAAAGAUUUGCGGGAAAAAGUCAGCAAUGUAAUUGAAAACACAAAGGUGAAGAUGGGAAUUGAGAAGAUGUCUGACGUUGCCCAUGAACUGGGAAUCUGUGUUGAUGAAGACUCUCCAGAGUGCCAGACUGCGAAGAAAAAUGCAGAUGCCAUCACUGCAGAAAUUCAAGACAUUCUUAAAUACAAAGAAGCUCAGCUUCCCUUGCAAGGCCAGAUAUGGAAGGACCUUACUCGCUUAGAGAAGGAAGAAUUGCGACUUAAGAAUGUUGGGUCUGAAAAUAUAGAAAAGUACAAAAGUGAUCUUCAGCUACAAAAAAAACGUCUUCGGGAAAAACAGAACUCUCAGGCCAUGUCGACGGCAAUGACAUGUUUCAUCAGUGCAAUAUCAAGCCUGGGGAUAGAGAAGAAGGAGAAGGAGAAGAAGAAGAGGAAGAAGAAGGAGAAGAAGAAGGAGAAGGAGAAGAAGAAGAAGGAGGAGGAGAAGAAGAAGGAGGAGAAGAAGAAGAAGAAGAUAGGGAGGUUCUAUUUCCUGAAAUGGAUGCGAAUGAACCUCGAUAACGUGUCUCGGGAAAAACUGUUUGACCUCAGGGAGCAGUACAAAGAAAAACGCAAAAACUCUGAGAACAAAGAGGAGAUCAAGAAAAUAGACAACAGCUCAUUAGGGACUGAACACUUCUUCCGUGAAAUGGGGCAGAUCUAUGAAGCUUCCCUUUCCCUUCCUGAAACAGACCCAGCACGUCAACAACUACAGCAUCUCCCCAAGCUAUGUGCAGAGUUAAUGCUUGAUGGAUUUCCACUUGAGCUUGUAGAUGGAGAAGCAUCUAACAUACCUCUCAGAUGGGUGAGUGACGUUCUCUCUCAGCUCAAUGCCUUGGUGUCUCCUAAGAACAAGAUCCUGGUAGUCACAGUUCUUGGAGUUCAGAGCACAGGAAAGUCCACUCUCCUCAACACCAUGUUUGGAGUGCAGUUUGCAGUCAGCAGUGGUCGAUGUACUCGAGGUGCCUUUAUGUUGCUGAUUAAAAUCAAUGAAGAUGUCAGAAAAGACUUCAACUGUGACUUCAUGGUGAUCAUUGACACUGAGGGCUUAAAGUCACCAGAGCUCGCACAACUGGACAAUAGCCACAAGCACGACAAUGAGCUUGCAACACUUGUUGUGGGACUGAGUGAUAUCACCAUCAUCAAUGUUUCAAUGGAGAAUUCAACAGAAAUGAAGGACAUCCUACAGAUAGUUGUACACGCUUUCCUCAGGAUGAAAGAGGUGGGCAAAAAGAAGCCCAAAUGUCAGUUUGUUCACCAGAAUGUGUCCGAUGUUUCAGCCCAUGACAAGAACCUGCGAGACAGGGAACUGCUCCUGCAUCAGUUAAACGAGAUGACCCAGGCAGCAGCCAAAAUGGAAAAGAAAAAGGAGAACAUGAGCUUCACUGAUGUGAUGGAGUACAGACCAGACACUGGAAACUGUUACAUUCCUGGACUCUGGAAUGGAAACCCACCGAUGGCAGCAGUCAAUGCAGGCUACAGCGAGGCUGUCUAUGAGCUCAAGAAGAACAUCAUCCACAUUUUGGGAAGUUGUGGAUCAUCAGCUAAUAAUAUCUUGGAGUUUACAGAGUGGAUGAAGAGCCUGUGGACGGCAGUAAAACAUGAAAACUUCAUCUUCAGUUUCAGAAACAGUCUCGUGGCUGAUGCAUACAUGAGGCUGUGCACAGAAUUCAACAGAUGGGAAUGGGACUUCAAAAAAGAAAGGUUCACAUUGGUCACAAAAGCUGAAACAAGAAUCUCCAAUUUUGGUACAGCUGCUGAUAAAUCUAACAAAUCUGACAUGAGAGAACUUCUCUUGCUAUUGAAAAGCGAAGCUUUGACAGAGCUGUCUAAAUGGGAAACAAAGCUUCUGGAAAAUCUGGACCAGUACUUCAAGCAAACAGAGGGUCAUGUCUAUCUUGUUGAAGGAUACAGAGAGGAAUUUAAAAACAGUGCUAAGAGCCUUCGACGAGAAAUGGAAAGCUCUGUGUUUAAUCAGCUCAAAGCUGCAUCUGACAUCAGACAGGGGAUGACAAAACUUGAUAAAAUCAAGGAGAACCACACAAAGGAGUUAGAGGGCAGAGUUUGUGCAUUGAUUGACAAAUGCAGAAAGGAAAAAGUCAAGAUGACAGAGAAAGAGCUGAACAAAGAAUUUGACAAGAUGUGGACUGAAACAGUGAAGGAACUUUCCUUUAAAGAAAUGAAGAAGCAGGACAUUUUCACCAGUGUGUCUCACCGCCUGAGAACAAAUCUAUCAACCAAGGGAGGUCAUGCAAGUGAUUUGUUAAGUCAAAAAAGCCUGAAAGAAUGUGGACUGGUGUCUUUUAAAUAUACAGUUGAAGGACUCUUGAAUAAAGGUGUAGACAAAGUUAAACAGUGGUUUAAAAUACCAGGUAAUGCAAAGGCUGUACAACAAACAGCUGACAGCAUCAUUGCAGUUUGCUCACAGAUGGUGAGUGAAAAAAUGCAAAGAAAGAGCAAUUACCAUGAUACCUACAUCGAUAAGAUUCUAAACAUGAUUGAUGAGAGGCUGCAAAACAAUCAUGAUGUUGGAACAGACAUCACUUUUGAAGUCUCUCUGAAACAGCACAUCUGUGCAGACGCAGCCAAAAAGUUUCAGAAAAUGCAUGAAGAUUUCCUCCAUGAGAAAGAUCCCUACAUAUGUCUGAAGGAAAACAAAGGAAAGUUUGAUUUGAAAGACGUGUUCCAUAAUGUAGACCAGUGCCAGAAGAAGGCAGAAGAAUUCACAGACCGAUGCUUGAAGCCUGCAGUCGAAGAUUUUGUCAACCAUUCCCUGGGUCCUGAUAUCAUUGGUGAAAUGAGGACAAGUGAGCAGUUCAGCACAAGAAUGUCCUUCCAGUAUUCACUUUUACUGGAUCUGCUCUCAGAGGAUGACUUUAAGUAUGAGAGCUUUAUUUCCUCUUAUGAGAAAUAUGUAAAGGAAUGGAUACUCAACAAAAUAGAGGAACACUUCUCAAAUGGGUCUACGAUGUUUGAGGAUCAACAUCUCCAGUCAUGUGUCAACAGCAUAAAUAAUGCUAUCCAGAAAGCUAAAACAGAAAAGAGUGGCAACUUAAAGUCAUUUGUUGAAGUUGUCUGUCAGGAACUUGGUGACAAACUGGUCAUUUCCCAGGAUGCUCUCGGGGCCUUCAUGACCCUGAACAAGGCCGACCAGGAGCAGUUUGCUCACUGGCUCACUAAGUGUGUGAAGGAGAUGGCACAACCUCUUAGAGAGAAGUUUAAGAAAACAAACAUCCAAACUAAACUACAGAGCCUUCAUGUGAAUCCUCAGAACGAGCUUUUCAACACACUGAUUGGAUGUGGUAAACAGUGUCCGUUCUGCAAAGCACCCUGUGAGGCAGGAGGAACCGCCCACACUGAGCACUUCACUUCACUUCAUCGACCACAGGGUCUGGGUACAUACAGACGGAGUAAUACACAAAAACUUUGCAUUGACAUAUGCUCUUCCUCUGUAAACAGUGACCGUUGUUUUCGCUGCAGUGCUACAAAUGAUCAAUCACACCCUUACAAGCGUUACAGGGAAAUCUAUCCGGACUGGAAAAUCCCACCAGAUGCAAGCCUCGAGGCAUCAGCCUACUGGAAAUAUGUACUGGCAAAGUUCAAUGAUGAGUUUGCAGCAGCAUACAAUGCAAACUCUGCUGAUAUUCCUGAAGCUUGGGAACUUAUCACACCUGAGCAAGCAGAGGCAAGCCUCAAAGAGUCAUUUCAUAUCUAAUGAGAAACUACAAGCUUUGUGCUCACAGAGGGUCACGUCCUCCUCAUUACAGUCAUCAUCCUCUCAUAGACAUUUAGAUUACACUUGACACAAAGUAACAUGCUGUUUAUGAGAUGGCAAGGUUGACCAUAUAUUUCAACAACAACUUACAAGGAAUUUGUAAACGUUUCAGUUUGAUUAACAUACUUUAAAUGCUUAUUUUUUUGGUUGUUAUUGUAGUAUCAAUUAAUCAAAUUUGAUUUUAUUGAGUGUUUUUAUUUCCUUGAAGUAAUUGAUGCACCAAUAUUUGCUUUUGUUUUUCUGUGGUUUUGUCGUAAACACAUUAACAAUUUUUAUGUUUUAAAAUAUCAUUCAGUCUUCAUGUCAACAUGAAGAUUAUACAAUGUCUUUAUUUUUAUUUCAAAUAAGUAUCUGAUUCUUAUUAUUUACAUUUUUAUUGACACAUUUAGAAUUGUUGUCUUUUCAUUUCUGAGCUGCAUCAAAAGCCACACAUUUAGAUUUUUAAAUCAGUGAAUGAAUCAGUGUUUUAGUGGUGGUACAGUCAACAUGUAAACAUGACAGAAAGUCUGUUGUAAUGUCAACAUGUCGGUUAUCCUUCAGGUUGUUUUUAUUACCUAAUCCAGUAUGACAUUUAAUUGUCUAUGUUCAAAAUCUAUAACCACUUUUUUUCUGUCAUUUAAGAAUCUGAUAUCACAUAUUUACAUGUAUUACUCACUUAAAGGAUCAUUCAAUAAAAAAGUGCUAUUGUCAACAAGUAACAGCAUCAUAUAUGAUCUUUCUUUUACUCAGAAUUUCUAAUCUUUUGUUUCUGUGAAGUAUCUGAUUCUUUAUAUUUACGUAAUAAAAAAUACCAUUCAUUCUUUA